UCCAUACACGCUCACACCUUGUCUUCUUCUUCUUCUUCUUCUUCUUCUCCACAACUCUGACUCCAUAACCGACCUCAACUUCUCUCUCACACACACAGUAUCGGGCUAUGAAAUUUAGGGUUAAGCUUGAUUGAAUCCAGGUACUUUCUCCGUAAUGGCUUGUUCUUCUAUAGCUAUUCCGGACCUGACUUUUCUCUCACCACAAUUGACGCAUAGGCGGUGUAUAUCGCUCUCUAAAAGUUCUCUAUCUAGGCUCUCUCUCUCAAAGAAUCGCGGCUGCAAUUUUCGUCUCAGAACACGGAUCAGAGCUGUUAAAGAAGAGGGCGUUGUGGUCGAUGAGGAGAGGAGCGAAUUCAUCAAGGAGGUGAAUGGAGUGGGAUUGAAUGGUAAUGGAGCUGCCAGUACGAAUGGGAAUGGUUAUGCGUAUAAUGGUUCUGUGGAGAGGUAUUCCAAUGGCGGUGUGAGUGUGUUGGAGAGUGGGAAUGGGGCGGCUACUAAUGGGACCUUGGCGAAAUAUGUAAACGGAAAUGGAAAUGGUGCGGCGGCGGAAGUGGCGGCCGAGGUUAAGGACGCGGAGGUGGCGGAGGAAGGGAGAAAGAAGAGGAUAGAGGAAAUUGGAAAAGAAGACGCCUGGUUUAAGCAAAGUGGACAACAAAAAGUUGAGGUUUCUGUUGCUCCUGGUGGUCGUUGGAGUAGAUUUAAAACUUACUCAACAAUCCAGAGAACCUUGGAAAUAUGGGGAUUCGUUCUAAAAUUUCUCUUUAAGGCUUGGUUGAACAAUCAGAAGUUUACUUAUAGAGGAGGAAUGACAGAGGCGAAGAAAGUCUUGAGGCGGAAGGCUCUUGCAAAGUGGCUUAAAGAAAGUAUUUUAAGAUUAGGUCCGACAUUCAUCAAAAUUGGCCAGCAGUUCUCUACAAGGGUUGACAUUCUUGCGCAAGAAUAUGUAGACCAAUUGGCUGAACUUCAGGAUCAAGUUCCUCCUUUUCCAUCAGAGACAGCUGUUUCUAUUAUUGAAGAAGAGCUCGGAGGUUCUGUAAAUGAAAUCUUUGAUCGGUUUGACUAUGAACCAAUAGCUGCAGCUAGUCUUGGUCAGGUCCACCGUGCAAGAUUGAAGGGACAGGAAAUUGUCGUUAAAGUACAAAGGCCCGGGCUUAAGGGUCUCUUUGACAUUGAUCUAAAAAAUUUGAGGGUAAUUGCAGAGUACCUUCAAAAGAUUGAUCCAAAAUCAGAUGGUGCAAAGAGGGAUUGGGUUGCUAUAUAUGAUGAGUGUGCCUCAGUUUUAUACCAGGAAAUCGAUUACACCAAGGAAGCUGCAAAUGCAGAACUAUUUGCAAGCAACUUUAAGAACUUGGAAUAUGUUAAAGUCCCAACAAUAUUGUGGGAGUACACAACACCACAGGUUUUGACUAUGGAGUAUGUCCCAGGGAUCAAAAUAAAUAAGAUAAAAGCUUUAGAUCAGUUGGGUGUUGAUCGGAAAAGGUUGGGUCGAUAUGCUGUUGAAUCUUACUUGGAGCAAAUCCUGUCUCAUGGUUUUUUCCAUGCUGACCCUCAUCCUGGAAAUAUUGCUGUUGAUGAUGUUAAUGGUGGAAGGUUAAUCUUUUAUGAUUUCGGAAUGAUGGGAAGUAUUAGUCCAAACAUCAGAGAAGGUUUGUUGGAAGUAUUCUAUGGAGUUUAUGAGAAGGAUCCUGAUAAGGUCCUCCAGGCAAUGAUACAAAUGGGCGUUCUUGUACCUACUGGAGAUAUGACGGCUGUCAGGCGAACAGCUCUGUUCUUCCUUAACAGCUUUGAAGAGCGCCUUGCUGCACAGAGAAAAGAGAGAGAGAUGGCUACAGCUGAACUUGGUUUUAAAAAGCCAUUGAGUAAGGAGGAAAAGAUAAUGAAGAAGAAAGAACGUUUGGCUGCAAUUGGGGAAGAUCUAUUAGCCAUUGCAGGAGAUCAACCCUUCCGCUUUCCUGCUACUUUCACAUUUGUUGUUCGGGCAUUUUCAGUAUUGGAUGGCAUUGGAAAGGGCCUUGACCCUCGAUUUGAUAUUACUGAGAUUGCCAGACCUUAUGCCCUGGAAUUGUUGAAAUUUCGGGAAGCUGGAGUUGAAGUUUUAUUAAAGGAUGCAAGAAACAGAUGGGAUAGGCAAUCUCAGGCCUUUUACAACUUAUUUAGGCAAGCUGACAGAGUUCAAAAGCUUGCUGAUGUCAUCCAAAGACUGGAGCAAGGUGAUCUCAAGCUUAGAGUUCGGGCAUUGGAAUCUGAGAGGGCAUUCCAACGUGUAGCAACUGUUCAGAAGACUAUAGGGAGUGCCGUUGCUGCAGGAAGCUUAGUAAACCUGGCAACAAUUUUGUAUUUUAAUUCCGUUCGAGUUCCUGCUAUCACCGCAUAUGUCUUUUGUGCAUUUUUCGGUGUUCAAGUUCUCAUUGGCAUUAUCAAGGUGAAGAAGUUGGAUGAGCGUGAAAGAUUAAUAAUGGGAACUGCUUAAUUGUUGUUGGUUCAUCUCAGUGGCUUAAACCAUUCAACCGUUGAAUAAAUUGGGAUGCCGAAACGUAUAGUUUCCUUCACAAAAGUCGUAAUUCAAAAAUUGCCCCUACCCAAAUUUGAGAUAUGGAGAUGUUUGGCACCAAGGGCUUAUCAUGGCAGUUGUUUUAAAGCCACACUCGUGUAAAUUUCCACUUGGUAUUAGGAUAGAGUUUAGGUUAGCCAAUGCCGUUUUGUUCUAUAACUACACCAAGUAACGUCGUUUGCUUCAAGAUGCACCUGAAUUUCAGGCUUAUUGUCUUAUUUGAGCAGCCUUUGGCCUUGAUGUAGAGCUGUUUUUGUAACUAUUCUGUAGUUGGGAGUGGUCAGUGUAGUCACGUGGCUUCCCAUCAUAAUUUACAGAGCAAGGAUCUCUGCAAUAUCGUUGUAUAAUUGUGUAACCAAAAAACAGAACUCAAUUUUAAAUAAGGAAAAAAAAUGCAAGUAAAUAUAAUAUAUCCAAACUAGAGACUGAUUUUUCA